GUGGUCAUUGACGGAAGCUCUUUUCAAAAAACGAGCAAGAAGAAAAACGUAAGAUAUUUUCGGUUUUUAUCCUAAACAAAAACUCAGUAAAAAGCUGGUCACGUUUAGCUGAUGAGAUCUAAGGCAGCAAACAGCUGACCGAACAGCCUGAAAUAGAGAAUAAAGUCGCAGCGAGCGGCCACACCAGCAGCAACAUCCGAGUUUAAUCAGCAGUUUUGUUCAGUAACGGAAAAAUGGACGGGAGCGUGACAGUCAUCACCAACCCCACCGUGUCCGUGCGUGUGACCAGCACCGUCAGCUCCUUCGAGGUCAACCGGAGAUUCAACCGAGGCAUCACGAUCGCAGAGUUUAAGAGUAAACUGGAGAUGAUUGUUGGUACCCCAGCUGCUUAUAUGGAUCUUGAGUUAUUCAACACAUCAGAUAGGUUCUUACAGAAACUAGAUGACAAUGAAGCCCUUCUCGGUUCUUACCCUAUUGAUGAUGACUGCCGAAUACAUGUGACAGACCAAAGUGGGACUCAGAGUGGGGAGUUCACUGAUUUGUCCAAGGUGGAGAAAUUUGAGAUUUCUGAUGAUGCCUAUGAAAAAAGGGCAGACACCGUGCGGAACUUCAAGAAGAAUAUGAAGUUGGGUCAAUUUAAUGAGGAAAACAGGGCCAAGGAAGAAGAGGCUCUUGCUAAGAAAGAAGAGCUAGAGAAAGCAGCCGCUGCAGCCAUUGCUGUUGGUAACCGCUGUAAAGUUGAAGUUGCUGGACAACCCACUAAGAUUGGCACUGUUAUGUUUGUGGGUAUGACCAAUUUCAAGCCAGGCCACUGGGUUGGUGUGAAAUACGAUGAGCCACUUGGAAAGAAUGAUGGCAGUGUGAAUGGAAAACGGUACUUUGAGUGUGAGCCAAAAUAUGGUGCCUUUGUAAAGCCCCUCUCAGUAACUGUGGGAGACUUCCCUGAGGAGGACUAUGGUUUGGAUGAGAUGUAGGACUCACCUGAUAAGUACUCCGAAGCAUCAGAAGAAAGAAGUUUGACUCCAUGCAGUGAGACAUUGCUGAAGAAUUUGAAGGUUUUCUGUCAUCAGUGCAGAUCAUUUUGUUUUUUACUGGUCUGAAAGGGAUCAGAUGGAUUACAUUUUAAGAUGAGAUAUACCUUAAUUUACUGCAGACAAACCCAAGUUAUGAUCUUAACAUUUCUGCCAUGUCGACUUGAAGUUACUAUUUAAGGUACAGUAAAUGCAAAACAACAUCGGUCGAGACUCGAGAUCAGGUUAAGGGAUUUGGCAAGCUAGGCAGAACAAAAUGUUAUUCUUUGAAGCAUUGACUUGCAUGUUGAUUGUUCAUUAUUGAAUUCCAAAGUUCUGCAUCUAAUUUCAUCCCAGACAGAAUCAUUUUAUUUUAGAUCAACAAACCACUGGUUUUUUUUUUGCAAGGUCUGAUUAAACUGUAUUGUAUAUAUGUCUUAUUUGUACCAAAUAAUUCCUCCAGCUGACUAUUUUGUCAUUAUCUGUCAAUGUGACCUUGUUUAGGGUCUCAAUACCUUAUUCUGUUAGGCACUUUAGCAAUUAGCUCACUAAUGAGUAAUGUAAUUCAGAGUCCUGUGCCCUCGCUUUGCCACGGUUCUGUUUUUUUCCAUGUGAAUUCUCUUAAUUACAGUAAUGUGUAAUUUUAUUUUAAUUCUGCAGGUGAAAAUGGGCAUGCAAAUUUUAUGUAUGUCAGCUUCAUAAAUAACAGAAAUUAAGGCCAAGUGUUUCAUGGAAUUCCAUGUUGCGUUUAGAAAAGUCUCUAUUUCAAAUAAAUGAAUGUGCCAACUUUGAACAUCCUGCAGAUGUAUGCCCAAGUUGUCUUUCUUAUGCAAAUGCCUUCAUAUGCAUCAUGGAGUACUUGUCCAUGUUGCUCUGAAAGACACAGAUUCUAGUACAGCUCACAGAUAUUUACAAUAAUUAUACAAAUUAGUUUUUGCUACGCUAUGUAGCAAAAACAAAUUUGUAUAAUAAUUGUAAGUAUCUGAACAUCAGUUGGUUUUUUUUUUAUGUGAAUGUCACAAUUGUGUUGCAAUGGCUGCACUACUGUGUAAAUAUAGAAACUUUUGAGUCUAGACCAGGCACAAACAUUGAUGUUGGAGAUUAAUUCUUCAGAAAACAGAUCUGCAGCUGUUUCUUUACAUUCUCUUGAGUACAUUGGAUGUUACUUGUUCUGACCACAAUGCAGCUUUACCCAGCAAAAGCUUGUAAAGAAAUGUUUUGACAUUGUCAUGUAUUUUAACAUUCAAAUAAUUGUGUAAUGUUUUAAAUGAUGUCCUCAUGAAUCACACUUCAAGGAAUAUUCCGGGAUCAGUACAAGUUAAGCUCAAUUGAUAGAAUUUUGGUAUAAUAUUGAUUACCACAAAAAAUGAUUUUGUCUUCUUUUAAAAAGCUAAAAUCUGGGUUACUGUGAGGCACUUACAGUGGAAGUGAACGGGGCUAAUCCGUAAAUGUGAAAUUACUCAAUGUUUCAAAAGUAUAGACUCAAGACAAACAAUAUAUGAUUAAAUCGCGUCCUAAUCUUUUCUGUGUAAAGUUAAAGCCAAGAUUUCCACUUCCUUGUCAUGAUUAUGUAAUUUUAACAAACCAUUAAAAAAAUGACUAUUUAAAUAACUUUACAGCGCAAAUAAUAGGCCUACAUUUUAACAGAAUAAUUCAUGCAUGCUUUAAAAAGUUCGAAAAAUUCUCCAAAAAUUGCCCCCAUUCACUUCCAUUGUAAGUACCUCAUUGCAACCUCAAUGUUUUUAAAUUGUUUUGUUUUUUUAACAUAAAGAAAAGGAGGGACAAGUCAAAAUACAUUUUUGUUGUAAUAAAACAUGCCUCAAAUGCUGUCGAUUGAGCUCAACUUUUUUUGAACCCAGAACAUACCGUAAAAUUCGAUUUGGUCACGGGAUUCUUGAGAACCACCCCCUCACCAUACAUACACACACACACACACAGAUUGUGAUGGCUUUGCAAAAUAAAGAUGGAUGGUA